UCCCUCGCGAAAACGCUCGUCGAAACGCCGAAUGCGCCUCGGCGAAAUUCAGAGCUGAAAAAGCCGCGGCUGUACGACGGUGCGUCGGGCCGGACGUCGAGGCCCGUUUCUCUCGUUUGCGAGUGUAUCCGAUCGACUCCAUCGCGGCCAAGUGUCAUCGUGUAACAAGCUGCGGGUAUCGCGAUAAUGCCAUUGUUGUGAUAGCGGUACCGCGGCGGCGGUGUUAACCGGAAGAGGGACGUGGUGGGGGGGAGGGGAGGACGCGGCGGGGGGAACGAGCGGGCGGGCAUAGGCCGGGGAGAGCGGAAGAGUGGGGGAGGGAAGUGAGGAGGUGACGCGGGCAGCGAGACUGUGUGCGCGCGCGCGCGCGCGCGCAACCCGUACGUGUGGUACAAUGGCAACCUUGACACUUGGUGAUCGUUUUUGGCGGCUCCGCGCCGCGGAGAUCGCGCGUCCGGCGGCAUCGCGUCGCAAGUGAAAGCGGCGGGCACGCCUCGAGCAGCAGCAGCGGCGAGCGCGAGAAGAGGAAGGGGGAGGAGGUGGAGGAGGAGGAGGAGGAGGAGGAGGUGGUGGAUGGUAAACGGUGGCGAAAGACGCGGGAGCGUCGCGUACGUGGAAGACGUCGACAUCGGGACUCCGAGAAUCGUCGCGCAUACAUAGAAGAAUCGUCGACGCGGAGUCACGUGUGUGCGUCGUGUAGAGACUUUGUGACGUCGGAGGCCGCGAGGGAUGCGAUUCCCCGAGUUCGCGAGUGACAGCCGCGGCAGCGCGACGUAGCCCCUCGCGUGUACGCACGUGGACAAUACGCGCAACGCAGUGCGUACAGAACGCGCGAACCGCUGGGAAUGCCGGUGUAAAGUGAAGAAACGGAAUAUACAGCUACGCUGUGGAAACGAUUGACGUGAUCUUCGCGUCUUGUAAUUUAUCUUUCAUCCCGAGGAAACACGCAGAACGAGGCAGAAUGGCACAAAUGGAGCAGCAAUUACCGCUUCCAAUGCCAGAUUUAAGCACCCUUCGCAUAACUACAGCCGUCUCCAUGCUUGGCAAAGCAUAUGGAUGUGGCCAGUGUAAUGCCCCUCCACCUGGACCUUCAACAAGUGGUGGCUCUGUUGGGACAGCAGCGGGAGUAGCGGCAAGUAGUGUCGCAGCUCCCAGCAAUAUGGGGCUUGUUCCCGCACAACAGGCACACACUCCUCCUCAACCUACGGAACUGCCAAUGUUUACAUGCCCUCGAAGACCAAACAUAGGACGAGAAGGCAGACCGAUUGGUUUGCGAGCUAACCACUUCCAAAUUAGUAUGCCACGUGGCUAUGUUCAUCAUUAUGACAUUAGCAUACAGCCGGAUAAAUGUCCUCGGAAAGUUAAUAGGGAAAUUGUAGAAACUAUGGUUCAUGCAUAUACUAAAAUAUUUCAAUCUCGUAAGCCUGUGUUUGAUGGCAGAAAUAACUUGUACACAAGGGACCCCUUGCCUAUUGGGCAUGAUAAAGUAGAAUUAGAGGUCACACUGCCUGGUGAGGGUAAAGAUAGAGUUUUCCGUGUUGUUAUAAAAUGGUUGGCGCAGGUAUCGCUAUUUGCUUUAGAAGAGGCUCUAGAGGGACGAACUAGACAAAUUCCAUAUGAUGCUGUUCUCGCUUUAGACGUCGUAAUGAGGCAUUUACCAUCUAUGACAUACACUCCAGUAGGUAGAUCGUUCUUUAGUACGCCAGAAGGAUACUAUCACCCAUUGGGCGGAGGCAGAGAAGUAUGGUUUGGAUUCCAUCAAUCAGUGAGACCAUCGCAAUGGAAAAUGAUGUUGAAUAUUGAUGUCUCUGCCACUGCCUUCUACAAGGCACAGCCGGUUAUAGAAUUUAUGUGUGAAGUAUUGGAUAUCCGAGAUAUCAACGAACAAAGAAAACCACUGACAGAUUCUCAAAGAGUGAAAUUUACCAAAGAAAUCAAGGGUCUCAAGAUUGAAAUAACUCACUGCGGAGCUAUGAAGCGAAAAUAUAGAGUGUGCAAUGUUACACGUAAACCAGCUCAAAUGCAAUCAUUUCCAUUGCAACUGGAAAAUGGACAAACAGUCGAAUGUACAGUUGCCAAAUAUUUCUUAGAUAAGUACAAAAUGAAAUUGCGCCACCCACAUCUUCCUUGUUUGCAAGUUGGUCAAGAACACAAACAUACAUAUUUGCCUCUUGAGGUUUGCAAUAUUGUUGCUGGACAACGCUGCAUUAAGAAGUUAACUGAUAUGCAGACCUCGACCAUGAUCAAAGCUACAGCGCGUUCCGCACCAGAUCGCGAACGGGAGAUUAACAAUCUAGUUAGAAGGGCUGACUUUAACAAUGAUUCUUACGUGCAAGAAUUUGGAUUGACUAUAUCGAAUAGUAUGAUGGAAGUCAGGGGUCGUGUAUUACCUCCGCCCAAACUGCAGUACGGAGGGCGCGUAAGUUCCCUCAGUGGACAGACGAAGCAGCAGGCAAUGCCUAAUCAAGGCGUGUGGGAUAUGCGUGGCAAGCAGUUCUUUACUGGAGUGGAGAUUAGAGUGUGGGCAAUUGCUUGUUUUGCGCCACAAAGAACAGUGCGUGAAGACGCGCUACGUUUAUUCACGACACAACUCCAGAAAAUUAGUAAUGAUGCUGGCAUGCCCAUCAUUGGGCAGCCAUGUUUUUGUAAAUACGCUACUGGACCGGAUCAAGUCGAACCUAUGUUUAGAUACUUGAAAUCGACUUUCUCGCAAUUGCAGCUAGUUUGUGUUGUGCUACCUGGCAAAACUCCUGUAUAUGCUGAAGUGAAAAGAGUAGGAGAUACAUUAUUAGGCAUGGCGACUCAAUGUGUACAAGCGAAAAAUGUCAAUAAGACUUCGCCGCAAACAUUAUCCAAUCUUUGUCUUAAAAUAAAUGUCAAAUUAGGAGGCAUCAAUAGCAUUUUAGUACCUAGCAUAAGACCGAAAGUGUUUAACGAACCAGUUAUAUUUCUUGGAGCUGAUGUAACUCACCCGCCGGCGGGAGAUAACAAGAAACCCAGCAUAGCUGCUGUAGUGGGCAGCAUGGAUGCCCAUCCAUCUCGAUACGCAGCGACAGUUAGGGUUCAACAGCAUAGACAAGAGAUUAUCCAGGAACUCAGUUCGAUGGUUAGGGAAUUGCUUCUAAUGUUUUACAAGAGUACGGGUGGAUACAAGCCUCAUAGAAUAAUUCUGUAUCGCGAUGGCGUCUCCGAAGGACAGUUUCUCACCGUUUUGCAACAUGAAUUAACUGCCAUUCGUGAGGCGUGUCUCAAGCUCGAAAUCGAUUAUAGACCCGGCAUAACGUUUAUUGUCGUACAGAAGAGACAUCACACGCGUCUGUUCUGUGCAGACAAGAAAGAACAAAGCGGGAAAAGUGGAAAUAUUCCAGCGGGCACAACUGUCGAUGUGUGUAUAACUCAUCCAACGGAAUUCGAUUUUUACCUCUGCAGUCACCAGGGUAUCCAGGGCACAUCGAGACCAUCGCAUUAUCAUGUACUUUGGGACGACAAUCACUUCGAAAGCGAUGAAUUACAAUGUCUCACAUACCAGCUGUGUCAUACUUAUGUCAGAUGCACGAGAUCCGUCAGUAUACCAGCACCGGCGUAUUACGCUCAUCUCGUAGCAUUCCGAGCCAGAUACCACUUGGUCGAGAAAGAACAUGAUAGUGGGGAAGGUUCUCAUCAGUCGGGUUGUAGCGAAGAUAGGACACCGGGUGCGAUGGCACGAGCAAUCACGGUUCAUGCAGACACAAAACGAGUUAUGUAUUUCGCAUAAUUCCAUUCUUUGGACCGAAAUAUAUAUAUGGCUCGAAUAUAUAUAUGGAUUCAGUCUUGCUUAUCUCUGUGAGAAAAUGACUGUAUAUAAUAUUAAUCUGUGACGAGUGCAACCGACGAGGAAGCUUCAGCGAACAGCCGGGAACAGUCCAAGCGCAACUGUAUAACGCAUUGCGUUACAAACUCUCUUGGACUAUUUAACAGUUAGAGUGAUUGGUCAAUUUUCUACACUUUCUUUUCUGUUUCUCUUUCUUUUCUGUCAUUUUCUUAUCGAGUUUAUACGAUAGUUUUUUUUUGUAUGUGUGACAUAUAUAUUGUAUGUUAUAUUCACAUCUGUACAGAGGAAGAGCGAGUUCUCGAUUUGAUUUUAUGAACUUUGUAUAGACUAAGUUUUUACGAGGGUGCUUUUAACUAAUGCGCGCGCAGUUUCUAAAUCAGAUUAAGCCAUUUUGCAAAGGUAAACAGCCAUUUGCAAAAGUAGAUUGAAAGUAAGCUAAACAAUUUUUUUUUCUUUUUUUUUUUUUAUGGAAAUUAAGCUAGAUUAGAUUGAGGAGGUAAUUGAAUGUGACAUCUUAAGCUAAUAACAGAUUGAUUUAAGCUGAAUGUGGAUUUCUGUUACACGCUAUCGAGAUAAAUAAUAGCACUUUUCGAUUUAAAUGACUUCACAAUGAAAUUAGUGCGGCAUAUUACGCUUAUUUUUUCAGGGAACGAGUUUUCCCUAGCAUUUGUGUGCAAAAUGAAGGGGGAAAGAACAAAAGAACCAAAAUCAUGAUUGUAUAAAUCGCUAUUUGCGAGACUGUUAUCCUGUUGUAUGUAUGUAUAGUUUUUAUUUCGCGUGGAGUGUACAACUCCAUUCUGUAAAUUCUGUAAAUUCUAGAUCUCUAAUCAUGCUGCAGAGAUUGGCAUAAUAAAAGCUAAAGACAGUCAGUUGGUAAUGAUGAUAAUAACUUUAGGAUUGUGAGUUACAUUAUUACAUCAUAUCUGCAGAAUCACAAUGCCGCUAUCUUUUAUACGAGAUGCACUUUUAAAUCACAAAACCAUUUUAAAGAUAAUCCUGGAGUAUUCUCAAGAAAACCGAUAAAACAACACCAAUUUGUGUGUAUACUUCGUCUAAGUAGCUUAGUUGAUAAGAAAGGACAUAAUCUUCGUACAUAAAGACAAUUAUGUAGUGAAACUAGCCGAGGAAUGUUAUGUAGAGAACUCGCGCUAUUUAUAUGACUUCCGUCAUAAUUUUUAAUAGCUUUGAGUGUUUAUUUGAAAAAAAAAAAUACUGUCGAAAAUUACUCUCGAUAUAUUUAUCAAUAUAUUUAUCAAUAUGAUUAUGAAAUGUAACACAGAGAGUUAUUCUCUCUUACUCUCUUUAUAUUUCUUACCCAGAGUUAUUCUCUCAAAUGGACACUUUAAGCUUUUUAGGAUUCAAAUUUAGCAUAAUUUAAUCGAAUAUGAUCAUUUUAAUGCUAACUAAUUUGUUAGAAUAUAUAUUUUAUUCGUUUCAUUUAAUUUUUCAUUAAGGUGCGUUAUUGUCUGCACGUUGCACACAGCUCAUAAUCUAUGCUUACAACUAUUAACUAUGACACUACUGAACUAGAAAAUACAGUUAGGGUAUAAUUCUAAGAAUGUAUACAACUUUAUCUGUGUUAAAUGCGUAUCGGGAAUGAAAGUAAACGGAUAUCCAUGUCUGGUGUCCGAGAUAAGCCGGGAUGUUAUCUACUCAGAUAAAAGAAUAAUGGCUAUGAAUAAGCCGAAUUUAUAUGGCAUUAAAUGUAGGCCGAUAACAAGGCCUUUUCACAGAACGUGCAAGAAACUUCGAGAUAAAAAUAAUAUCGCGAUAUUGCGUUGAUGUAAUGCAAAAUUAUGCAAACGUAAAGAUGCGUUAGUAAUUAAUAGAAUUAGAGCUAUUGCUUUAAAAAGAGAGGAUUGUGAAAACCAAGAUUAGCAGUAAGAGUAAUGUACGAGUAAGGACCUCUUAUCAGUUUUAAGAGAAUAAUUAUCCGUUUGCUUGAUAAUGCCAAACUUUAGGGAUUUCAUAUUUUUACUCUAAUGAUCGCGAUUCGUGCAAAUCUAUUUCAAUAAUCUUUUGGAACAAUAAUUAUUAAUAAUUAAAAUAAGAGCAAAGCCUUGGAAGUAACAUGUAUAAUCCAAUUUUUGAGAUAGUCAUAUAUUAAUAGAUCAAAAAAUCUUAUUAAUAUAUGAACACAAGUCGUAAUAUGCGAUGUAUAAUUAUGUAUCAAUAAUUUG